AUUGCGUUUGCAAAUAUUUUCGUUGGCUUGCAAAUUAAUUUAUUAGAUAUUAUUCAAGUGCAUUAUAAUUUCAAAAGUUUCUAACAAACAUGUUAUAAACCGUUGGUGAAAGUGUUAUUUGGAAAUGUUUUGAUGUAGGGCUUAAAUAUUAUAUUGCAUUACAUGAUAGUAGAUCAACGUGUUGCGCUUUUGCUUUGUAUGUUAGACAAAAAAUCCUUGAAAAAGCUGUUGCCGUUGGCCAGGGGAUGCAGGAUCAUAAGCGUACCCCAAUCAUACAUGAAGGAAUCGUGAGAUAAGAAGUCACCGAUAAAACAACAAACAAAACGAGUUGCAGUGAAAAGUGUAGGUGAGUUGACCGACAAUAUGGAUUAGAGGUGCCACGUCUGUUAAAAUUGAUAAGGCAUGAUAAAACAAUUUUUAGAUCAUCUAUCGAUGUUUUAUCCAUUUACCCUUUAAAUAUAAAAAGUAACAUGUUGAGUGUUUUUAUAAAUUUAAAGUUAACAACUCAUUACAAUGAGUGGAAUCAUUCAAUGAGUUUAAUUAGGAGGCACUACUAGAAUCUUAUUAAAUUUUAAGGUAUUAAGAAACUGAAUUAAUGAAAAUUGAGAGUGAAUGUAUUUUGUUAAGUAGCAGGAGUUUAAGUUCGAUUUAGAUUUUCAGAAGUGGUUAAUUUAAUAUAAAUUAAACAUUAGUAGUUUAAUUAGUUAUAGAUAAAUGUAUAAUAUUGAAUCUACCUUUGAUAUGGCCACAUUAGGCAUCGCACAUCGAAAUGCAAACGUGUGGAUAAAAAUAACUACAUAUGACGCCGAUAGCAGAGCAGAACGUUAAAAGACUUCGGCUAUUUCAUGCGUCGUAAAUUUUGUUCCCGAGUUAAUUUUUAUUAGUGAAUUUUAAUGCAACUGUGUUUUAUGGUCGCAUCACCAAUUGCCAACUAACGAGAAAAUUUUAGAACAACUAGUCAACUCAUUCUACGACGGGCUCAAACAGAAGCUCAUUACAUUGGAUGGUGAUAGUUUAUUAAAGUUUAAAAUUCGUGAAAUUUGCGCACAUUUAGCACGAACAACACCCCUUGAGCUAUACACGUACUUUCGUAACGGUUUACUUCGUGAAAUUCAGGCAUUGAAGGAAGGAAUGCCACAAAAUCCCUACAUGUAUAAUACAGCACUUGUUGGUGGUCAUGUAAAUGGGAUCGGCGGCAUGAAUGCAGGUAAUCCCUAUUUGAGCGGUGUUGGCGUUAGCCACAUCAACGAUGUGCAUAUGGCCGAAGAUGCGUAUGCAUUGCCGGCGCGCAUACAAAAGCUAGCCGUUGAUGUUGAGAAUAUGCGUAUGGCCAUACACAAUUUCCAAGGUGAACAGGAUUCGGUAUAUAAUUAUUUUAGUGAUUUCAACCAAACGCGUGCAAUGAUGUCGGCACAAGAUAUACAGGAACGUGAAAAUCAAUUUAAGGAACAGUAUCUCAUUUUAUCUGAACGCAAGAAGGUUGUCGUCACUGAUUUGCGACGCGUUAUCAACGAAUACGAUACGAUACAAGAGCAGGUGAUAAUGGCAUUGAAAAUGUGGCAACGUAAUCAGGCUUUGGCUGGCAAUGGUGCGCCAUUCCAUGACAAUUUAGAUGAGAUACAACGCUGCAUAGAGAUGUUGGUGGAUAUGAUUACUAAAAUUCAAUUAUACGUUACUAAUCUGCUUGCGAUGGGCGAGGAUCCGAUAUUGACUGAUUUGCUAAAUCAUGUACGUUCUACACAAAAAAUUCUGGUGUUGUCGGCUUUUAUAGUGGAACGCCAGCCGCCACAAGUGAUGAAAACACAUACGAGAUUUGCCGCUGCUGUACGAUGGUUGAUUGGCCCACAACUGGAGAUAUACAGAACUAAUCCAACUAUAGAAUGCGUUAUACUCUCAGAGGCCCAAGCCCAACGGCACGCCGCUCACAACAGCACUUCGGAUAUGCAAACCGCCGCUCCACCGCAGUCUUCUGGUGAAAUUUUAAAUAACGUUAGCUCUAUGGAAUUCCAACAAGCUACACGAGUAUUCUCAGCCAGUUUUAGAAAUAUGCAAUUGAAAAAAAUUAAGCGGGCCGAAAAGAAAGGCACCGAGAGUGUUAUGGACGAGAAGUUCUCUUUACUCUUCUACACAACUGUCGUUUUCAACGAAUUCAAGAUAAGUUGCUGGACACUUUCUUUGCCAGUUGUUGUGAUUGUGCAUGGAAAUCAGGAGCCACAGUCCUGGGCUACUAUCACUUGGGAUAAUGCAUUUUCCGAUAUAACGCGUGAACCCUUCCAAGUGCCAGAGAAAGUACGCUGGGCGCAAUUGUCUGUGGCUUUGGAUACGAAGUUUGGUUCGGCGACUGGAAGAAAUUUAACCGAAGAUAACUUGAAUUUUCUUUAUGAGAAACUUUUCCGCAACGAAGCUGGAGAGCAUAAUGAGUUCAUAACUUGGGCCCAGUUCUGCAAAGAACCUCUGCCUGAUCGAACAUUCACCUUCUGGGAUUGGUUCUUUGCCAUAAUGAAAUUGACCAAGGAUCAUUUAUUGAAUCUGUGGAAAGAGGGUCUUAUUGUUGGUUUCAUAAAUAAGCGCAAGACUUUGGAAGAAAUUUUACCUAUGCAACAAUAUGGCACAUUUUUACUGCGUUUCUCUGACAGCGAAUUGGGUGGUAUAACUGUAGCUUUUGUCGACGAUCAGGGUAAUAAACUUAUGUUGGCACCUUGGACGUCACGAGAUUUAAAUAUACGCUGUUUGGCCGACCGCAUACAUGACUUGAACGUUUUACGUACUGUCUUUCCAAAGAAUUUGGCACGUGAUGAGGCGUUUGGUAGCUUCUACUCACACCACGUCGAAGAACAAACAACACGUGAUGGCUAUGUUGCAAAUACAAUAAGGGCACACGUGCCGGCCAUAGAGGGCGGUUCUGUGGUGGGCACGCCGCAACAUCAACCGCAAGAUAUAUCAAUACCGAAGUAAGUUUUUGUUGUUGUUUGUUAAAAAAAUAAUUUUUGCUUUAAUUAAUUUUCGAAAUUGAAUUAUUAUAUAAUACUUUACUAAUUUUUUUGUAAUCAUAAGUUUAAUGGGCUGCUUUUACUAUUCUUUUAUCUGACUAAAGUAGUAAAUUUUUUGUUUAAAGUUUUGGUUAACGAUCCUUAUAAAAUUUUUUGUUCUAUCCUAUGUGCUAUUAUUGUUGUCAAGUCAUAUGUGUUGAGAUUUCCUCUUUAAGUUCUUGAAAGAGGCUUUGUUAGAACGGUUAAAACUGACUUUGAAUCUGUUUAAAAUUUAACAAUUCUAGAUUAUUAUAGCUAGAAUUAUGCAAUCAUUGUUGGGCGCGGUUUAAGGGUAUAGAAAUGGCUCACACCUUGUAUCUUCGUACUACUGUAUUGAAAAUGUUUCACUUUAAAUCAAAUAGCCACUCGGAGUGUGCUCAAUGAUCUCUUACGGUUGGACAACUAAAAUCUAAUUUAUUUUAUUGUUCUUGUAAUCACUUACCAAAGUACUCCAUACUCCAUUUUCGGUAACACCUAAAAAGAAACGUCGAAGACCCGUCUGUCUGGUUGUAUUGUACAUACACGAAUUGGUCUCAGUUUUUGAGAUGUCGAUUUGAAAUUGCGCACACGUCCUAUUCUGCCUAAAAGGCUGCUCAUUUGUCGGAAUCGCCGAUAUUGGACCACUGUAGGAUAUAGUUGCCAUAUAAACUGAGCGAUCAAAAUAAAGUUCUUGUAAGAAAAAAUUGUUUAUUUGACAAGAUAUCUUCACGGAUUAUUGUUUAGCGUAACGGUAAAAUCUAACAAAUUGUUCAGAACACUUUAGCAUAUAACUGCCUUACAAGUUUUUUUUUUUUUUGUCAAGAUAUCUUCACGAAAUUCUCCGAUGAAAUUGUUGAGAUCGUAUCAGUAUAGCAUAUAACCACCAUACACCGACCGAUCAAAAUCAAAUUCAUGUAUGGACAUUUUUUUUUUGUAUGUGAAAGGUUAUAGCUUUAACGUUUUUUCUUGUUAUUGAUAUUUUAAAGAUAACUAAAUGUGUUCAGGAAUUAUGAAAAUAUGACGAAAUUUUGCAGCCAUUUUUUUCUGUACUAAAUUUAUAUUUCUGUAUGUGCGAAAGAUAAUACUGUACAAUUACAAAUAAGGGGAUGUGACAAAAUAUCUAGUAAAUACGCAGAUAAAAUACAUUUUUUUUUUCAAAUUUCCAACAUAUGACUGUGGCAACAUUUUGACAUAUUUUAUGCAAAAUUGAAGUUAUUUCGUGUAUUAUAUAUUUUUUUCUCUUUAAUUUUAACUUGGCAAACAAAUUUAAUUUGUAUAUUUGUAUUUUGCUUAAACCUUUGAACACUAUCUCUAUGAAUGAACCUUGCUUUUGCUCUAUUUGAAAACUAGAUCGCAAUACUUUGAAAAUUAACCUCUCACCUGUUGAAUUAAUUAAUGUUUUUUUUUUUAUGAUGACCGGAAAUCAAGCUUUUUAGCAUAAAUCACUAAUGGUGCGUUGUUUGCAUUGGGUUGUUUCAUUUAAUCAAUGCUAAAUGAGGUCAGUCAGCGCAGUUUUCUUUCGACUGUGCCGAUUUUUUGGAAAAUGUUGAUAUGUUUAACAGAAAUAACAAAACCUAGCCUAUUUGUGUAUGAAGUAUAUGAUUUAUUUCAAUAUAACUGAACACAAUUUUGUCUUUUAUUUUUCUCCCGAUUCUUCUGGCUGUCCGACAACUAUACUUUCGACAACAAAAUAAAUCAAAAACGACUGCGUGCAUCUUAAAUCUUUUGCCACUACACACACGCUUAACCUCACGCGUCCUCCCUGUGUGAUGAAACCAAUAUUUUCUUAAACACACAUACACAAACUCGAUAGUUAUAUCGAAGAUCUUGGCAUCGAUUGGAAUUGCAUCUGAAAUGGGUGGGCUGUAUAUAAUUGGUAUAAUGAAUGGUCAAAUAUUUAGUGGAGUGUGUGCAACAUGUCAUGCAACAGUUGCUCAAGACAUUUAAGCAGGUACUUUAUGCAAUUAUGAUGUCUAAGUUCUUAACAAUUUAUUUAAAAAAAAAUCACUAAUUCAUGGAUAUGUGACUUACUUUUAGUGAUUUUGAAUCAAUAAUUUAUGAUGGAUGCGGAUAGAUACACACAAGCAGUGAUAUACAUACAUAUACACACGUUAAGAAAUUGAUUGAAUAGAAAAGGAAAAAGAAAAAAAGUAAUAACAAUAAAAAAAACAACAACAUAACUUAUACUAUAAAAUACAUUUUAACUAUUUGCCAUGAGUGAAGUAUAAAGCGUAUAAUUGUUUAGAAACUGCAACUUUUCUAUGGACUUUAUGACUUAUAAUAUCAAAACAAGCAUUUGCAUAUAUUCACAUACAUAUAUCGCAAGUGAGAGUCACGCGUUUAGUAGCAAAGCAGGCCAGUGUAUUAGUUAUAACUAAUAAUUAACCGUACACACAUCUGUCCACACAAUUAACUACCGUUAAUAAAUUGUCGAGCAAUAUUUUCAAAACUACGUUGCUCCGCAUAUUUCAAAAUUGCUGUCACUGUGCGACUUGUAAAACAUCGCUGAACACCCAAGUAAAGCAGAAUGCCACUAAUGGUUUGAAGAACGAAGCAUGUUUAAAACAAGAAAAAAACAAAAAACACAAAGAAAACGAGUUAUUGAAAUACUCUACGAAAGGAUACUUUGCUGUUUUAUCAUUUUGUGAGCGCAUGUGUACACUUUCAUGUCGCUAGUCGAUGCUGAAUAUGAUAUGAUAUUUCCAUUUACCGUUAUGCAUGCUGUUCCGCCUUGAAAUUAUAUAUUUAGUCUAUAUUUCCUCUCCGGAAAACAAAAAAAAACAUAUAUUUUUUUUAUGUACACUAUCUUGCCUACUCUCUUCGAAAAACUUGUAACUAUCGUUAGUGGUAAAUAACUAUAAUAGUUUUUAAAAGUAAAUGUAAUAGUUUUAUACUCGCCGUUGCCUUAUAUAAUUAUAUUAAAUUUUCACUUAUUUUUGUGCUUUGUAAAUCUAUAUUUAAUAGUCAAAUGAACUUUUUAAUGUUGCGGGUGCUUGAAUACUUGAAUUUCUUAUCACUGGUACUUGUUGUUUUGUGGUUAACUAAGUACAUACUUACAAAAAAUAAAAUGAAAACAAAAAAAAAAAAAAUAAUUAUAAAUAUCUGCAUGCCAGCUGGUGCAAAUAUGAAGAGUCCACUUCAUCAUAACAUUAAAUGUUGAAUUCAGUGAGCACAUUUUUUUAUGAAAGUAAAAAAUUAAAUACGAAACAUUAUAGAAAAUGAGAAAGUAAAGGAAAUCACUACUGACUACUAACCGGUCGCUAUGUUGAAUGUUUGAGAUAAGUGUGUUUACUACUUAGUCUAAGUGCAACUAAUUUAAGUAACGCUAAUUCAUUGAUUUAUACGCGUUUUUCAGAAGCAUAAACCUCACUGUUCUCUACUUGUGAGCUAAAAACGAUACACGUCUCAAACUGUGUACUGCUGCGCUAGUUACCUUUCGCGGGGGUGCGCGCGGCGCUCACCAAGUUAUUUUACUCUGUGUAUAUUUCUAUAUUUUUUGCUAGUUGCGUGUAAAACAAUUUUAUUUUGCACUUUUAUUUUUGUAUUUGAAAUAAAAAAAAAAAUUAAAAUUAAUACGGUCCAAAGUAUCUCUUGAAAUUUUUACUUUUAUUAUAGUGAGCAGUAUUUGAAAUUUAUUUUCAUUUUUAUUUAUAUAUUUUUUUAAUUUCAACUUUUUGAAUGGAUCUGUUGUGCGGUCGCAACACUUUGGCCGUUACUUUUUUUUAAAUUAAAAUUUUUUCUUUGACAAUUCACGCAUAUAUAUCAAAGUAGUACUUAUCUUAUUUAUAAGCAAAAAAAUUCGCCGAUAAUUUUUAAUGUUCUCAAUAAAACAAAAAAAACCCUACGUUUAUUUAUGUGUGCAUUAAUUGCCUUAAAUUUAAUUAUUGAAUACAAUAAUUUGUGAUUCUUAUUUUACAAAAUUUAUGAUACAUAAUUAUAAUUGGCUUCCACUUCAUGUCUCUAGCAAUUAGCUUAUUAAUUUAAUUUCAUGUUAAGUUUUCAUUUUUGUAAAGUACUAAGUUAAAUAUGAGCGAUAUGCAGUUGUAGUUUUAAGAAUAAACAUUUUGAAAACAAACAUAAUAUUUGAAAAUAUUUGCAUUAAAUGUGGUGAAAUUUUAAACGAUUUUCGUAAACAAAAACAAAAGCGUGUUUAUUACUAAGCUUAGAAAGUAAUGUUUAAAAAAAAAGAUAUACGUAAAUAUACAUUUAUUAAGUACAGUUAGCGAUAUCAAUAUGCGCAGUUGCAUGUUGGCAGAAAAAGUAAGAGAAAUAAAUUGAAUUUGAGGUUAUGACCCAAUAAAAAAAAUUAUUUAAGGUUAUGACCAAAAAUAAAAAUUGAGUUUGAGGUUAUGACCGAAAAACAGAAAAUAUUUGAUAAAUCUACUGAACAACUUAAGAGAUAAUAUUUAACAUUCUUUGUCUUUUAUUAUAAUAAACAAAUAAAAUUACCCAUAACUUGAAUACAAGCACGUCCAUUUAGAGCACAUAUUAAUAUCGCCAACUGUAUGUUUACAGAGAGCAAACACUAUUUAUCGCAUACAAAGUAAAGUCUUCGUAUUUGUAUGUACGUUUAUGCAUAGAAAUAUACAUUUUACAAAAAAAAAAAAACCAUAUUACACUAUACACACAUAUUUAACUUAAAAAAGAUAAAGAAUACAUUGAAUAAAGUAUAAAAAAAAAUAAAUAAGUGCAAAAAAACAGCGAGUGUUGUAAUUGAAAAUGUAUUUACAUGUAAACUGAUAUCUAGUUCUUAAGCACCAAAAAGAUUGCAUAAAUGUAUGUAUACUAAAUAUAUCGAAUGUUGACAUGUCAGUGGCUUUUUAUUAACUACACACACACAACUGAACUUUUCAAAUUGAAAAACUGUAUAUGUACAUGCAGCAUUUUAGAAAAAUCUCAUACACAAAAAAAAAAUUACUAGCUUAAAGCAAACUGCAAUUCUUACGAGGAAAUAUGAAAUAUUGACUAUUAAGAAAGAUGAAGGUUUUUGCUACACAGCUCAAGCCCUUGAAUUUUCAAACUCGAAUCACUAAUACUUUAUAUUCAUGUAUUAAAUAUAUUGUCAGAUUUGCUAUUAACUUUCUACUACUUGAAAAACAAGAAAACAAAAAAAAGAAGCAGAAAUUUUAUCAGCUACAAAACAAAUAUUUUUUUAAAUGACUCGUCCUUUUACUAUGACAUUCACAAUAAUGCAAAACGCGCAGUGAAUUCUACAUAAACAUACAUACGAACACAUACAUGUUUAAUAAUAUUAAUAAAAAGAAGAAGAAUAUACAUCGAAUGAAUGAAAUUACGAUUUAUUGAGCAGAAGAGAAAAAAAACAAAAAACUAAAACUAAAUAUCAUCGCACAAGUGCACAUACAUACAUAUGUAGACAUAUUUUGAUGGUGAAUUGUAUGUUACUGCAAAAUUAUUUACAGCAACGAAGAAUAAUAAUAAUAUUACAAACAAAUUGAAUUGAAUAUGUGUCAUUGACGUUUCUAAUUGGUUUAUUGUCAUAUAAACGACUCAAGCCAACUGGUUAUUUUAUCAAUAAACUCAAAAUAAUUACAAACAAAAAAUGUGA